AUUAUUAUGUAGCCUUGACGAAUAACAAACUCUAACUUAUAUUUAUUUCUACGUUGUAUCCAUUAUUAAGCUAUAUUUUUUUAAAGAGAAUUAUAUGUAUGUCAGUGAUAAAGAACAAAUUUAAAGAAUUAUUAUUGUCGUAGUUAUAUCGUUAAUCACAUAUGUAUCAAGAUUUUCACAGAAAACGAUAACUCGUUCCUCUACAACCAAAUGAUUGAAGAUUUCAUUGGACAGCAUGGAUGUAGACGAAAUAGUUUACAAUGCUUUCUAUCUACAGCUAAGGUUUGUCGAUAAUGGCUUACAGGACAAGUUCAGGAAAAAAUAUGAAUUUGCUAUUGCCAAGUGUUGGACUAUAUGUGUACCUUGUGGUAAUUCUUUGAGGGGACUCGAUAUCACUGAUGACUUUGUUGAUCAUCAUGUAUUGAAACCACACCCAGAACUAACUUUGCAUUACACCUCGACUGAUCCAAACAAUUCUAAUUUAUAUAAAUUCGAAGACACCACUAUAAGACUGUUAAAGUGCCAGGAUGAUGAAGAACAAAAACAGGAUGAUGAAUACAAUGUUACUAUAUUAUCAAUUGAAAAAGGAUAUAACAAAGAGUUUCAUAUGUACAAUAUAUUUAUUGUAGAUAAACCGUUGCAUCACAAAUAUAUUAUUACGGAAAGAUUACAAGAUGAUAAUCUUCCAUUGAAUCGUAUCAUCACAUGUUACAAAGAAGCUGUAGAAUUUCUAAAUGCACCCAUAGAAGAAAAGAGAUGUUCUCUAGAAGAACUAAGGAUGGAUCUACGUCAAAUCCAACUGAGCAAUUUUGAAUCUGCUGAAGAACUUAGUUCACAUUUACAAGAAUUGACACGUCGUUAUUGGGCGAGCACAAUGCGAAAACAAAGCUUGGAUCUUCAGCGCGAUGCAAGAUAUCAAAAGCUCUUAAGCACAUCCUUGGAAGUGUUCAUGAUGCAUCAUCUACACGACGAAAUAUAUUCAGUAUUGAGUGACGCACUAGAACAGGACGAUGUAUACGUAAAAACGAAGAUUGAUCAAUUGAUCUAUAUGGGUGUAACACCAGAUCAAUUAGGUGCCAGCGUAUCUAUGGCGAUAUCCUUACCAGCAGCAAUUGUAGAGUUGGCUACAUUAGAUGCUAGAGAAGGUCCACUGGAGAAACUCCUCUGUCUGAAAAGUACCCUAGAGUUAAUUGUAGCUGAGAUCAAAGGUGCUUUGGCUGAUAUCGAAACAAAAAAUGACGAGGAAAGCGCAGAUACUAAAUCAAGCAUAGAGAGCUUAAAGUACACACCAUCCACCGAUGAUCUAAUCCCAUUAGUAAUGUACGUCAUAGUAAAAGCUCGACCAAUGAGAAUCGUUACAGAUUUACAUUAUAUAAAUAAUUUUCUUUGGUCUAUUUCACCGCAUGACGGGCUUUCCUAUAGUUUAAUUACAUUUAAGACAGCCAUCUCGGCUUUGUUUGAAAUUAAUUCACAGAGUUUGCCAUCCAGGAGUUAUAAGGUCAAAACGGAAUUACCAAUUGGUGAGCUUUUUGAUGUUAUCACUGGUACGGAUAAAGAUAUAACGCCAUUGGAUAGGCAAAUCCAUCAACUGGCUACGAUGUUGGAAAAAUCAACUCAGAAUCAUGAGCUUUUAAUAUAAAGUGAAUUUUAGUGAUGUCUACAGGUAUCGAUCUCUUAAUUUUUUCAAGAUUUAUUUGAAUAGCUUUUUAGAUUGAGUGUUUCAGUGAUACAAAAUAUCUUAAAGGUAUAUUCUCAUGCAGUGUAUAGAAAUUUUUUGAUAGCAGAUAGUGAAGUUUCAUUGUAUCAAUGUGCCUUGCUCACUAAUAACGUACAAAAAAUGGUAUACUGGUAACAAGUAAAUGGUAUACAAGUUAAUAGAUUAUACAUAGGUAUAUACAUAUACUGUAACGUGGCGUUCCAGAGUUUGAGGGAAGACUACUUCGGAAUGACCGAAAAAUAAAUAAAUAGGACUUAUCAGGUCGGAUAGUGGGUUCGGUGGCACAAGGUAAUCGUUCAACUUGACAGUUCGAAGGUAUCGGGUUCGAUUUGUGAUCUGAAAUCCUAAUUUUUGGGAAAUUCCUAGCCGUCCUGCGUUUCCUGGCGGUCCUCAGGAUAAAUUAAUUAUAGCGGGGGUGAGCCGAGCACCCCGUUAUAAUACAUGAUAAUAUAAUAUAUUUUUGUAGUGAUUUACUGACCGUAGAUUUAUUAUUAUUGACGAUAUACGUAUAAUGUAUCUAUAAUAAAAUAUCGAAUGGAACUUGUUACGGUAAAA